GAGGCUGAAUGACUUUAACAUUCACUGUGUCUCUCAUAAGCCCCGCUGUGCUGUGCUGUGUUGGUGUUGGUGGUGGCGGAGGAUGGCAUGACGGAGCGGACGGGCGCGCGGUCUGUAACCGACCGGAGCAGAGUGAUCCUUGACAACAUGUUACGGGUCCGUGAGGCGGACGACGCGGAGCAGCGGAGCAGCGCCGGGGCGAGACCGACACCAUCAUCAGUGACUACAUGUUUUGAUGAUCAGCAGGCUCCUGUGUGAAACUGACUCCCUGACCUGAUUGACAAUUAGAAGAUGCUGCCUCCAAAUGCUCAUGAAUAAAUGUAAAUGUGACUGUGAGGGACCACCUAACCCACUCUUUGACUGAUCAUCAAUCAUAUGAGGGCACUCGGUGUGUCCCACAGCUGUGUGCUGUGCUAAAAGUCCAAAAGUGGAAGUGAAGUAGCCCUGAGGCAGCGCUAUGGGCUGUGGGGGGAGCAGGACUGAUGCUCUGGAGCCUCGCUACCUGGAGAGCUGGACUAAAGAGACAGAGUCCACCUGGCUGACCAGCACAGACACUGACAUCCCCCUGUCGUCCAUCCAGAGCAUCACCUCUGAGAACUCUGAGGCCGGCUUCGCUUCUGAGAAAACACUCUGCCCCGUUCCAGAUUUCUUUGAGGACGGCCUCCCUCCUCCUGCUCAGGCGUAUCUGAAGGUCUGCUCCGCCGUGUCGGAAGCCAGUCUGAAUGAUGUGAAACCCAGCAGCCCUCCUGCAAUCCUGGCCUCUCCGCCCAAAGAGGAGUCGUUGCCUUCGUCUGGCACCACAGUGCAGCGCCGAAGUGUUCUACACACUGAAGAGAUUACAAAAUGGCAGGACAAUCGCAUGUCGACCAAGCAGGUGACCAUCACAGUGACACAGAGCAUCCAUCAGGUGGACAAGAACGGAAAGGUGAAGAAGUCCCUCACCACCUACGAGGUAAUGAAACCUGUGGAAUCUCUAAAACAGGUGUCCGCACAAAACCCUUGAGAGCAGGGGAAACUGGAAGAAGCCAAAGAAAAACGAUGACUGUGAAAUAAAUUAACUGAAUAUUUUUUUGUGGAGAAGACGUAAUGGGUCUGAAGGCUGAGGGAGCACAAGAAGGAUGUGUGACUUUGCCGGAGAUUCUGAACACUUAAAUUCAGACUGUCAUAAAAUUUAACCCGGCUCAUUUUCUCAUUUUUGACUAGGCCAUAUUAUAUUUAAUGCUGUAAGAUGUAUUUCUAUGGUGCCUGUUACAACGUUUCACUGUUUGCUAGUUUGGUAAGAGAAAAUACAAAAUAUGACAUUUUAGAGUACAUACAGUAUUUAGACCAAAACAAAAUGAAGAACGCGUAUUAUAUCACAGCAGACAGCCUGUUUUCAUCAUUAUUUAGCACAUUCAAAUUUCUGUGAA